CACCUAACCUUCGCUUUGCGUUAACAGACACUCAUUUGAGAGAAACAAAAUUAAGAGACAUCUAGACUCGAUAGAGCGGCUGCGGGCGUGAGGUUUUGGAUCAUUCAAUGGCGUCAAUUGUGAGUAUGGUAGCUGCGCCUGGAUUCUGUUACAGCAAAUCAACGAUGGUGGGCGCUUCGACUGUCACCGCGAGGCCUAGGCGGCUGGUGGUUGUGAGGGCGGAAGGUCAAGGUAUAAAUCCAGAUAUCAGGAAGGCGGAAGAGAAGGUGGUGGACGCUGUGGUGGUCACUGAGCUCUCUAAGCCUCUCACCGCUUAUUGCAGAUGUUGGAGGUCAAAAACAUUUCCUCUGUGUGAUGGAUCACAUGUAAAGCACAACAAAGCUACUGGAGAUAAUGUUGGACCCUUGCUUUUGAAGAAGCAGUAACACUAUUUCUUUAAUUGCUUUUUCAGAGCUAUUGAGCUAAUCUUCUUGUUGAACUUAUUACGAACUUCUGAAUGGUUGUAUGAAUGGUGUUUCUCAUUGUCCUUUGGACUACAUU